AUGGUGAGCCUGCAUGAUAUCCGCGAGCAUGUGGCAUCCCUGUUCAUCAUGCUGAACAAGAAGACAGUCAUCUUGUUCCGCAUCGAGUUCCUGGUGGUUCUCGUCACACUGGUGUUCUUUGCCAUGUUCCUCAUGGACUUCUACCGCCGCAUCAUCCACAACUCGUUCAUGAGGGCUGUGUUCAGCGUCUUCGACGCUGUCUCCGACUCCAUCGUCGUGUACCUCCUGGGGGCCAUGCAGACGGCGCCUUUCAAGAACCAGCUGUUCCCGGUCUGGGCACUUGUGCUCGUCAACUUCCGCUACAGCGCAGACUACAUCUCGGGCUACGGUGUCCCCGACCGCCGCGGGCGAAGGUUCACCGAAUGGAGGAACGUGUUCAAGCUCCUGGGAUCCGCGUUCCUGAAUUGGACGCGCGGGUCCAGCUUCUGGGGUCCGCUGUGGCUGGUCUGGGAACUGCAGAUAGUGAGGAGCGGCUACAGAUUUCUUUCCCAUACACUGGCGUCCCGCGCCGUCUGGCAUGGCGGGAGCUCGGAGCUUGUUGCAGAGCACAUGCGUGCCAUGCAUGAGCGUGGUGACCAAGUGAGCAGCAGCAGCCGAGGAGAAUUAUUCAACCCAGUGACGAUGGAAGGCUACAGGUACUUGGUGUACGGAGAAACAAAGCAGAAGAAAGGAGUAUUCAGACUGAAGAAGCCUCAGUAUGCAUUGUCUACCGACCAGGAUCAGCAGGAUGCUACCAAGAAGAAUAAGAAGACGUCUCCGCCGCCAUUGAUCACGCUGGACACGAUCAGCAGGCUGCUGCGGUGCAGGUUCGAGGAUGUCAAACUGCAACGGUGUAUAUUUGACACAAACCGGGAUCUGGUGAAGAGCAUCAUUGCUGGGAAGGUGGGUGCCAGCGAUGCCCUCAGGAUCAUGGAGCUGCAGCUCGCCUUCGUCCAUGACUACUUCAACACCCGCUACCCCAUGAUCUUCUGGUGUGGCCUCCCAUCCCUCUUCAUCAGCCUGGUUCUGUCCGUUCUGACCAUGGGUGCUGUCGUCUGGCUUGCUGUGGACAUCCAUCUAAAUUCUAAUAAGGUCACUGAUAGGAGGUGGCAUGGACUCAUUGACCAGUAUGUCUUCGUGGAGUCCUAUGAUGACCGGCCAAGGUUUUGGAACCUCAUCCACAACCUGACCACGGGCAUUGUUCCAAAGAAGGAGGAUGGCGCAAAGCUCGGCAGCGCCGUCCAAGUCCCGGACUGUGUCAGGCAGAAAGUCCUGGAGAAGCUCAGCGAGCUGACCGAGGAUAAUGGAGAUGGACGGGCAGGUCGUCGUGGCCAGCUGCUGCCCGGGUUCAUCAAGACGUUGUCCGACACCAGCGUUAGCAUGGAGUUGCAGAGGUACCAGGCGUACACUGCACGACCGAGCAGUGCAACCACUGGCGGCGGUGGCGGCGUCGUUCUGCCGACAGCCUCCCAUAUCAUUCUUGUGUGGCACAUCGCGACCAGCCUCUGCGAGAUGGAGCUGGCAACGACGCACGGCGUCGACCUGGGCAGCCCUGGGUUCCCGUGCUCCCUCCUGUCUUGGCUCUCUUCUCUCUGCUCGUCCAAACCGUAUCUUAUGGACGUGUAUGAUAAGAAAGGCUGCUGCAGCAGCAGCAGCUUGUCAUGGUUCACGAUCUCAAAUUGUUGCUGCUCAUCGUCCAAAUCAAGUGAUGGCAAGACGGAGGAGAAGAAGCAGCAAGUGAAUGGGAAGUUGCCUGCAGGCAACCUCCGGAGAGCAUACAUCAUUGCCAAUAGCUUGUCGCGGUACUGCACGUACCUGCUAGUAUCAAAGCCGGACCUGAUCCCUGAUAGCUUCCUUGUCCCCAAGAUAGUCUUCCAGAAAGCCGUGAGGAGUGCUCGUGAUGGCAUUUUCAAAGGCACUGGUUCAUUACAGGAAAGGCACAAGGCACUCAAGGCACUCAUGGACGAAGCAGGGGAGUUCAUAAACCACGUCUGGGCAUUGCUCUGGCACUGUGGCAUCCAAGAGAGCAGCUUGUGGCCAAAGGAUACUAGCCCUGAAAACAAUGAGCCACAGCCACAGGUGGGGAACGGUGGCGGUGAUGGGGCUGCUGCUGGGAUGAUCGAGAAAAGGCGAACUGGAGGAGAUGCUAUGAGGGAGAGAGACCACAUUGGGAUCACCAUUGAUGAAGCACAUGACAACAAGGACAAGGGGAAGGGAGCCAAAGAUCUUGAGGCAGGCGACUCAAGUACUACAAGUACAGGACUACUGAAAAUGGAGGGAACUGAAAGCUCGGAAAUUGAGGAGGUCUAUGGGGAUGCGACCACAAAUGUUCAGAGAGGCAUGGCUAGGCAAACCCAAAACUAG